GCUCCUCGGCACUCAGAUGCUCGUCGGCAUUUGGCGCGUGCAGUUCUGUUCACUCGGUCCGAAAAAAUCAACGGAGUUGUUUAAUAACAAAAUCGUUCUAAAAUUAAACAUUUCGAGGAGACACUGAAAGAAAAUAUCUGUGAAAUCGGUUACAUUUCGCAUGGUUUGCUCUAAGCGAUAUGAAAGUCGCACUUGCGCAGUGUUUUAGGCACCGUACUUACUGAUAAACGCUGUCCAACCGAAAGUGAUAAGCGAGUGGUUCUGGAACUUCCGCCCGAGGAACGCGUUUAUCGUCGCGAUUUGGGUUCGCCUUGAGCAGUUCUUGAAAUAACAGCCAUCUGGUGAGAAGUGCGUGAGAGUCCGAGUUCGAAAUGCGCGUUCCGCUGCUCCUGCUGCAGCUGCUCGGCCUGCUCCUCCUCUCCGGCGGAGUCAAGGCCGCCUAUUGUCCCUCCGGAUGCACCUGCCUGGAGCGAACCGUGCGCUGCAUCCGCGCCAAACUAUCCGCCGUGCCCCGAGUUCCACAGGAUACCCAAACGCUAGAUUUGCGUUUCAAUCACAUCGAGGAGCUGCCGGCCAACGCGUUCAGUGGUCUCGCCCAGCUGACGACGCUCUUCCUGAAUGACAACGAGCUGGCUUACCUGCAGGAUGGGGCCUUGAAUGGACUGACGGCGCUGAGGUUCCUCUAUCUGAACAAUAAUCGGCUAAGCCGCUUACCAGCGGCCAUCUUCCAGCGAAUGCCACGCCUGGAGGCAAUUUUCCUGGAGAACAAUGACAUUUGGCAGUUGCCUGCAGGCCUCUUUGACAACUUGCCGCGUCUGAAUCGCCUGAUCCUGAACAACAACAAGCUGGGCCAACUGCCAGUGGACAUCUUUAAUCGGCUGAACAGUCUGAAGCGCCUAAGACUCGACGGCAAUGCCAUCGACUGCAAUUGUGGAGUCUAUUCGCUCUGGCGCCGCUGGCACCUGGAUGUCCAGCGCCAACUGGUGGCCAUCUCGCUCAGCUGUGCCGCUCCUCAGGUGCUUCAACGUCAGGGAUUGUCCAGCCUGGGUGAACAUCACUUCAAGUGCGCCAAGCCGCAGUUUCUGGUGGCCCCGCAAGACGGUCAAUCCGCGGAGGGCGAACAGGCGGAGCUGAGCUGCGAGGUCACCGGCCUGCCACGCCCCCAGGUCACGUGGAUGCGGAACACCCAGGAGGUGGUGGUGGGUGACGAUAAAGAGAAAGAGAAAGAGCGAGUGCAGAUCCUGCCCAGCGGCAGUCUGCUCAUCCAAAGUGCCAGGGAGGAGGACAUGGGCAUUUACCAGUGCAUCGCACGCAAUGAGAUGGGUGAACUUCGCUCCCAACCAGUUCGUUUCACAGUUAAUGUCGAUGGUGGUGGAGCACCACCGCCCAGUUUCCUUCAGGAUGGCGGCAGCAAUCAGGUGUGGGCGGAUGCAGGAUCACCGAGGACAACCAACACACCAUCGCCACCGCAGUUCAGCCACCAGCCACAUGACCAAAUUGUGGCCCUCCACAACGCCGGACACGUGCUCCUCGAUUGCGCCGCCUCUGGCUUCCCACAGCCGACAAUACAAUGGUUCGUCAACGGACGCCAACUCUCGCAGUCGACCCCCAAUCUCCAGCUGCAGGCCAACGGCAGCCUCGUCCUGCUGCAGCCCACCCAACUCUCGGCCGGCACGUAUCGCUGCGAGGCCCGCAACUCUUUGGGCAGCAUUCAGGCCUCCGCCCGCAUCGAGCUGAAGGAAUUGCCCGAAAUUUUAACAGCACCGCAAAGCCAAACAAUCAAACUGGGCAAGGCCUUUGUGUUGGAGUGCGAUGCCGAUGGCAAUCCGCUGCCCACCAUCGACUGGCAAUUCAAUGGUGAGAUCCUUGCCGGCAAUACCCCCGACUUGCUGUUGGAGAACGAGAACACGGAGUUGGUGGUGAGUGCCGCCCGCCAGGAGCAUUCGGGUGUCUAUCGCUGCACGGCGCGCAAUGAGAACGGGGAGACGAGCGUGGAGGCCACGAUUAAAGUGGAGCGGUCGCAAUCGCCCCCACAUCUCGCCAUCGAGCCGAGCAAUUUGGUGGCCAUUACCGGCACCACCAUCGAACUGCCCUGCCAGGCCGAUCAACCCGAGGACGGACUUCAGAUUUCGUGGCGCCGCGAUGGCCGACUCAUUGAUCCGAAUGUGCAGCUGACGGAGAAAUAUCAAAUAAGCGGCGCCGGCAGUCUCUUCGUGAAGAAUGUGACUGUUCCGGAUGGAGGGCGGUACGAGUGCCAGGUGAAGAACCAGUUUGGCAGGGCCACCGCCUCCGCACUGGUUACCAUCAGGAACAAUGUUGAUUUGGCUCCCGGAGAUCGCUAUGUGCGCAUUGCCUUUGCAGAGGCGGCCAAGGAGAUUGACGUGGCCAUCAACAACACCCUGGACAUGCUCUUCUCCAAUCGAUCGGACAAGGCGCCUCCAAAUUAUGGUGAACUACUGCGCGUUUUCCGUUUUCCCACCGGCGAAGCUCGUCAAUUGGCCCGUGCGGCGGAGAUUUACGAGAGGACACUGGUGAAUAUCCGGAAACAUGUUCAGCAGGGCGACAAUCUGACCAUGAAGAGCGAGGAGUACGAGUUCAGGGAUCUGCUGUCCAGGGAGCAUCUGCAUCUGGUGGCGGAGUUGUCCGGCUGCAUGGAGCACCGUGAGCUGCCCAACUGUACGGAUAUGUGUUUCCAUUCGAGAUACCGGAGUAUUGAUGGCACCUGCAAUAACUUACAACAUCCCACGUGGGGAGCUUCACUCACUGCUUUUCGCCGGCUAUCGCCACCCAUUUAUGAGAAUGGUUUCAGUAUGCCAGUAGGUUGGACCAAGGGCAUGUUGUAUUCCGGUCAUACCAAACCCAGUGCCCGAUUGGUAUCCACUUCCCUAGUGGCCACUAAAGAGAUUACCCCGGAUGCGAGGAUAACCCACAUGGUGAUGCAAUGGGGUCAGUUUCUGGAUCACGAUCUGGACCAUGCCAUUCCCUCGGUGAGUUCGGAGAGUUGGGAUGGCAUCGACUGCAAGAAGAGCUGCGAAAUGGCUCCACCCUGCUAUCCCAUUGAAGUGCCACCCAAUGAUCCUCGUGUUCGCAAUCGUCGAUGCAUUGACUUGGUGCGUUCCAGUUCGAUUUGUGGCUCUGGCAUGACAUCGCUUUUCUUCGAUAGUGUGCAACAUCGCGAGCAGAUCAAUCAGCUGACUUCCUAUAUAGAUGCUUCGCAGAUCUAUGGUUAUAGUACUCCCUUUGCCCAGGAAUUGAGGAACCUGAGUGCCGAAGAGGGUUUACUUCGGGUGGGUGUGCACUUUCCCAGGCAAAAGGACAUGCUGCCCUUUGCUGCUCCUCAAGAUGGCAUGGAUUGUCGGCGAAAUCUGGACGAGAACACCAUGAGUUGCUUUGUCUCUGGGGAUAUUCGUGUAAACGAACAAGUUGGUCUGCUAGCCAUGCACACCAUUUGGAUGAGGGAACACAAUAGGAUAGCCAGAAAACUGAAGGAAAUCAAUAGCCACUGGGAUGGUGACACUUUGUACCAGGAAUCUCGCAAAAUAGUGGGUGCCCAGAUGCAGCACAUCACCUUUAAGCAAUGGUUGCCCCUGAUAAUUGGCGAGAGUGGCAUGAAGAUGAUGGGCGACUAUCAAGGCUAUGAUCCCCAAUUGAAUCCCAGCAUAGCCAAUGAAUUUGCCACGGCUGCUUUGCGUUUUGGCCACACCAUUAUCAAUCCCAUAUUGCAUCGUUUGAAUGAGAGUUUUCAGCCGAUACCGCAGGGUCAUCUGCUCCUCCACAAGGCCUUUUUUGCCCCCUGGCGUUUGGCCUACGAGGGCGGAGUGGAUCCCCUAAUGAGGGGCUUUCUGGCCGUGCCCGCUAAACUCAAAAAACCCGAUCAAAAUCUUAAUACAGAACUCACAGAGAAACUAUUCCUUACUGCACAUGCUGUGGCCUUGGAUUUGGCUGCCAUAAAUAUCCAGCGGGGUAGAGAUCAUGGAAUGCCUGGCUAUAAUGUCUACAGAAAGCUGUGCAAUCUUACAGUGGCCCAGGAGUUUGAAGAUCUAGCUGGUGAAAUAAGUAAUCCCGGUAUUCGCCAGAAAAUGAAAGAUCUCUAUGGACAUCCAGAUAAUGUAGAUGUCUGGUUGGGUGGCAUUUUGGAAGACCAAGUGGAGGGCGGCAAAGUGGGUCCCCUGUUCCAGUGCCUCUUGGUUGAACAAUUUAAGCGCCUGCGAGACGGUGAUCGUUUGUAUUACGAAAAUCCAGGUGUCUUCUCACCCGAACAACUAACGCAAAUCAAACAGGCCAACUUUGGUCGAGUGUUGUGCGAUGUGGGUGAUAAUUUCGACGAGGUCACCGAAAACGUAUUCAUUUUGGCCAAACAUCAGGGUGGCUAUAGGAAAUGCGAGGAUAUAGCUGGCAUCAAUCUCUACUUGUGGCAGGAAUGCGGCAGAUGUAAUAGUCCACCAGCUAUUUUUGACUCAUAUAUACCACAAACUUAUACGAAGCGAGGGAGCAGAAACAAGAGGGAUGUUCACCAGGAAGAUGAGGAGGUAGCCACCGCCGAAAGCUAUGAUAGUCCCCUGGAAUCCCUCUACGAUGUGAAUGAGGAAAGGGUUAGUGGUCUGGAGGAGCUAAUAGGUAGCUUCCAAAAGGAUCUAAAGAAACUGCACAAGAAACUGCGUAAACUGGAGGAUUCCUGCAAUGCCGCCGAUUCGGAGACAGUGGCCCAGGUGGUUCAACUGGCCCCAGCUCAGGUGGUGGCCCAAAAGCCCAAGAGGAGCCACUGCGUCGACGACAAGGGCACCACCCGGCUGAACAACGAGGUCUGGUCCCCCGAUGUCUGCACCAAGUGCAACUGUUUCCACGGCCAGGUCAACUGUUUGAGGGAACGAUGUGGCGAGGUCAGUUGUCCGCCGGGAGUGGACCCACUGACGCCUCCGGAGGCCUGCUGUCCCCACUGCCCGCUGCUCAAGUGAGCCACCCAGCCCAAAGAAUUACGCAUAUCGAUGUAACACGUUUAUCCGUAGUAGCCACUCACUCACUCUAAUCAAAACCAAGGAAAAGAAAAUAAAUGAAAAAAAACACACCGGCAAUUGCGCAAUGAGCAUGUUUAAUUGACAAUUAACUAACAAUGUACUGCUACACAUGUAAUAAAAUAAAGCACAUUAAUAUCCCAUAAAAA